UAAAGAGGGAGGAAGUUGUUGUGAAGUCUCAUGUUUUGCGCGCUCCUUGCGUUUCUCUUGAACCUGAAAUAAUUCGCUCAGGCUCGUGAAUCCUGGAAGUUAGCGUCCAGGUAUUCUCAACAUUUCUGUCUGACACGCAGUUGUAGUCUUGUGCUGAAAUUACAACCAAGUUGUUUUGCUUCAUAACCUGCCAAUAUGGAGCAGAACAACAGUCUACCCCCUUUCCCUCAAGGGCUGGCAUCUCCACAGGGAGCCAUGACGCCUGGCCUGCCCAUUUUUAGUCCUAUGAUGCCCUAUGGCACAGGCCUCACACCACAACCAGUGCAGAACACCAACAGCUUGUCGCUCCUGGAGGAGCAGCAAAGACAGCAGCAGCAACAACAGGCAGCCUCACAACAGCAGGGUGGGAUGGUGGGGGGUUCAGGCCAGACACCCCAGCUAUACCACUCACAGAAUGUCUCAACUACAACGGCACUUCCAGGCAACACCCCUCUCUACAACACCCCUCUCACGCCCAUGACCCCUAUUACUCCUGCCACACCAGCCUCAGAAAGUUCUGGCAUCGUACCCCAAUUACAGAAUAUCGUGUCCACUGUAAACCUGGGUUGCAAACUUGAUUUGAAGACGAUAGCACUUCGAGCCAGAAAUGCUGAAUAUAAUCCAAAGCGUUUUGCUGCCGUCAUCAUGAGAAUACGAGAACCCAGAACAACAGCUCUCAUCUUUAGCUCUGGAAAGAUGGUGUGCACAGGAGCUAAAAGUGAGGAGCAGUCCCGAUUGGCAGCCCGAAAAUAUGCUAGAGUGGUGCAGAAGUUGGGUUUCCCUGCCAAAUUCUUAGACUUCAAAAUUCAGAACAUGGUCGGUAGCUGCGACGUCAAGUUUCCUAUCCGAUUAGAAGGUCUGGUGCUUACACACCAGCAGUUUAGCAGCUAUGAACCGGAGUUAUUUCCAGGAUUAAUCUACAGAAUGAUCAAACCCAGAAUUGUCCUUUUAAUAUUCGUUUCAGGCAAAGUCGUACUCACAGGUGCAAAGGUUAGAGGGGAAAUCUAUGAAGCAUUUGAGAAUAUAUACCCCAUUUUAAAAGGAUUCAGGAAGACGACGUAAUCCCAGUGCAGUGUGCCAUUCUGUUUUCACUGGUGAAUUACUGCGCUCACAAGAAUGUCUGGGUUGGCCUACGCAGUUUCAUUUUGUAAUUCUGUAAAUAUGAAGGACCCGC